AUCUGAAUGAUAUCGGAAAUCUCCCUUACGCGCUUGCCCGCCCUUUCCUUCUGAAAAUUGAAAGCCCCGAGAAACUGGUCUGUGGCCGACUCCUAUCUAUACCCCUUCAGCUCGACUAUGUCUAAUGUUAUGAUUCUAGAGAAUGAUAGAAAUCCAAUCCCCCCAUAUUAUGAAAGACGAUGUCGAACUAUGGCUUGAGUUUAUAAAGCGAGAUAUACCUAGGUGGGACGAGUAUGCCUUACCGGAACAGCCUGAGUGUUGGUACGACGUCUACUGCGACCUUCAAGAGCAGGUCCAGAGGGCGGUAGACGAGGAUGCAGAAAAGCUGAAGAUGGCUCUGGAUGGGAUAAAUUCAGAACGGGCUAAGCAUAGCGCGAAAUUCGUCACCGACCGACGUGACAUUUGUCUGCCACGAGAGCGUCCAACGGCAAAACAACGGUAUGCUUCCUACGAUCGAAAAAUGGGCGGCAUUACCCCCGUUUUUGGCUCGACAAAGUCUGCGGCUAGUUCUUCGUCUGACCCUCUGGGGACUCCAAUUUGGUCCUUUGAACGACCUCCACUUCUACGGUCCGAGACAAAGAAGAGAAACAACAUCUUCGCUGCGACGAAAAGAAACACUGUCUUGGCAGUUCCAACUAAGCAACUUAAUAACAGAGCUACCCAGGUCAGACAGGCCCCACGUUCUUUGAUAGAGGAGCACCGUCGACCUUCUGAGCCUGCUAUUGUCCGAAGAAAAGAUCCGCCCAUGCUAAGAGCACCUGGGCGGUCUCACUCUCAUGGUAUCUCUAAUGUUAGAAGCCAGAGUUCUCCCGCUGUCAACUCUUCGUUGCAAGAGAGGGAAGCUAGAUUACGUGCAAUAACGAUGGGACACGCCCCAAAUUCCUCAUCUCAAUCGCUCACCGCAGCCAGGGUGGCCUCUCCCGCAAGACUAAGCUCGAGAAACGUUUCAUCACUAGCAGCGAAGAAGCCCACGGAUCCUUUACGAGUAGGGUCCAGACCCCAAUCUCAAAUAACACCUAGUACAAAUAUCGAAGAUUAUAAGUCUUCCGAGUCUGGGACAAAUACAGAUCCAGACGAGUCGAAAAUGUCACCACCUCCAGCACCACGCCCCGGACCGGUUCGCAAGAGGCCUGCUCCCAACGUCUUCAUCCAACCCAAGAAGAAGAAGGUUAUCUAGCCGCCCGUAGCAAUUUCAUUCUCCUUCUCUCAUUUUAGGACAUAUCUUUAUUACAUCGCAUUAGCAUUCGGCGAUUUUUUUUU